CCUCAACUCCACUCCUCGCUUCUUGCCAUUUUAGGGCGACUGAGAAAGGAGAGGGGCUGUAGCUGCCAAUUGAAGAUUGAAAGUGGGCAGAGGCUCAGUCAGUGGGGCCUUCUCCCCAUCCCCGCCAGCAGCCCGGGGGCUGGGGAAGCCCUGACUGGCUUCACCUGGCAGGGCGAAGCAGGCCAGGCGGGACUGGGAUUUAUUGCCAAAGAUCAUUUCUAGGCUCCGAAAGGGGUGUCAUCCGGCCUCGAGGUCCCAUGGUCGAUGGAAUUGCCCCAUAAACACAGCCCGAUGGAGUCACUCUGGCCACACACACACACAAAAGGAAAAUGCGUCUUGGGGCCAUUUGGGAUGCCCUUAAGGAGCCAGUUAACAGCAUCUUUUACUGCCCGCUGCUCACCCCCCCCUUAAAGGCCCCUCUGGCCUGCCUUGUUGGCUGCGUAUGGAACUGACCAACCUUAAGCGUCCAGUUGGUUCUGCUCUGUCGAGUUGUGCCCUUGGCUCCAAGAUGGUGCCGCUUGCUGAUGGUGAGAUUCAAUCCAGGUGUGUGAGCGUCAUCACACUGUACCCAGGAAGAUAUGGUGUUCCUUUCCGGCCCCUUGACGUUCAGGGUACAAGGACAGCUUCAGGACCGGGGUUAGCAGUGACUGGUCCAUGUGGUGCUAGUUGAGGACUGGAAAGGGAGGAGUGUUAGGCUCAGGGAAGGUCCCACCGGGUGUGUCGGCGUCAGAAGGGCAGGCCCAAGGCCAGGCUUUCCUUCGGACCCCAAAAUCUGAGCCUCGACAGGUCCCGGACCAUGACCUGCCCCCCAUCCUCUCCACGAUCCAUGGCCUCCCAUCCCGAGCAGCCUGCUGGGCCAGGUAGGCUUCCAGAUCAGAACUGGCAACUGGGGGCAGAGCUGUGGGCUUGGAGCGUGCGGCAGCAGCUGGAUACACAACUGCAGGCCCUGGGCCAAGCGUCGCCCCGGACGGUUGAGCUGCUGCUGUCCGAGCUGCAGGCCACGUUGGCUGCGGUGCUGCGGGACGGCCGGCCCGGCUCCUGGAUCUACCUGAAGGCCAUUCUGCGGCUCCUACCCCCCUACCGCAGACUGCUGCGGGGCCGCCUGGAGCUGCUUCCCCUUCUGGAGCAGGUGUACUGCCAGGCUCCCCUGGCCGACGAUGACCUGUGGGAGGCCCUGACCCAAGCUUUGCCUCCUGACAUCUCCCUGAUGGAGAAAUCCACGCACAGUUGUUGCCGGAAGAGGGGCAAGCCCGUAAGCGGAGGCCCUCAACCUCACGGAGAUCCAGGCUCAGCAGCCCCCUGGGAGCGGCUCUGUCCGUUCACCUGGGCUGGAAGCGAGGAGAAAUCGGAGGAAAUCUGGCCACAGCCAGAACCCAUGACUCUGUCUGAGCUGCAGUACUGCUUGGGCGUGGUGGGAGCCGAAGUGGUGGAGAACGAGGGGCAUUGGAGGGCUGGUUUGAGCCUCUUGCCCCUGGCCUUAGCAAUCGACAUCCCACUGAAGCCCGGCAGUGAGGAGGAGCCCACCUCGGACUGGGCUGCGGCCAGGUCACAGUGGACUAAGUUCCCAGACAGCAGCUUGCCAGAGACCCGAGAGGAAGGGCGCUGUCCACGGCCGCUAAAGCACUCCCAGUUGGGAAGCCAAGCGGCCGCCAUCCUACGGAGGCACCGAUUCCUGAGUUACAGCCACUUUCUGUACCUCAACGUGGCCUCCAGCAGGCACUUCAGGCCAUACAGCCUCCAGGUGGUGGCCCGCAACAAGGUGAACCCCGAACACUACAUCUUCUCCCCGUUUGGGGUUCUGCACGUUCAUCCCGUGGAGGGCAGCGAGGCCCUGGCUCUGGGCACCUGGCAUCGGGAGACUGUACUUUGGCACCUGCUCCAAUACAUCCCCUUCUUCAGACACUGCCUCUUGCGCCGGAGUUUCACCUGGUGGAAAAAGAACGUGAAGGCCCAGCUCCUGCAGAAGACGCGGACAGUGCUGGGAGGUCAACUGCUCUGCACCGUUCCGCACUUUGGAGCCGGCCUGCUGCAUAUCAACAGACUUCUGCAGGAGCUGCACUUGGUGUCCUGGCUGCCCCAGGACUGGACCACCUGCUACAGUUUAGCCGAACUGCAGCGCGCGCUGGCGAGGGAGACCCGUCGGGCCCAGCAGCUGCUCCGCAGGUUUCUGGCGCUCUGCUCCACCAUCCUUAACCUGGUGCACGAGGACACAUACCAGAUGCUGCAGGGCCUGCAGGCUCGUCUUCAGAGCUGCCAGCGCCUGCAGGUGGACGGCUUCCUGUCCCAGCAGCGCAUCCAGCGCCAAAGACUGGAGGGCAAGCUGCAACUGGCUGAGCUGUGGUGGCAGCGACUGGGCCGGCUGGGCCGCCUCGUGGACUUCAUGGCUUGCCAGAACCUCAUCUCUAUCCUGCAGGAUCAAUUCAGCACGUUCGUGCGCAGCAUUCUCCUGGAGCCACAAGGUGAGGCGUUGCUUUGGACCCGGCUGGUGUUUGAGGAGGACAGCCGUUUGGCCCUGCUUCCCCGGGCAGAGCUGCUGCUUGAGACCCUGGACAGUGGCCUGCAGAAUGUGCUGGCUUUGGCCCUGAGGGUGAUGCAAACUGAUGAUCAGGGGACCAGUCCUGGCUUUGGCCCCAAAGUCCACGAGCCCGCCACCGCCCAGGCUACCUCUGAGCCUCCAACUUCUCUUGGCCUGGAGAAUGAUGGGGAGAAGGAAGAGGAGGGGCUGGAGCUUGACCCUGUGGCGCCCGUAGCCAGAGCCCAGCCCAGCGAGGCCGUGCGCCUCUUCUGCGGUCCCGAGUUGGACCUGAUUAAGAAGUCGGCGGACAAGUCUGGCCAGGGCCUGGAGCUGUGUGGACAAAGGCUCCGCGGCCAGUAUGCUCCCCCAGCCCGGGCCCAGCUGCAGCACGGUCUGGACACCAACCCUGGCAUCCAGAGCGCCCUGGCCACCCAGAAGGCCCUGUUCCAGAGCACGCUGCAGGAGGUGCACGCGUUCUACGAGGACUACCAGUGGCUGACAGAGAUCCACAGCUUCGUGCAGAGCUGGAGCGCCAAGCACCUGGAGGACAUGCAGGGCUGGCCGGCCAAGCGGUACCUGCACCUCCUCCAGCAGCUGAGCGCCUGGCACGACCGAGUGGUCCAGAUGCCGCCCGUGCUGCUGACCCAGGGCCGCCUGCUGCGGCUCGAUUGCCUCUGCGUGCGAGAUGAGAUGGGGCCCCAGCUAGUGACCAUCACCCAGGCCAUCCAGGGGCUGCUGGUGCGAGAGAGCACGGAGCGGAGCGAGCGGCUGAUCGGGGAGCUGACCGUCCUGGUACAACUCUUCCAGAGCGUGGACUCAGACAUUCUCACCGUCGCCCGCUGCUCCCAGAAGCUGGAGCAAGCCAAGAUGCAGAGCGCCGAGCUGGAGGAGCGGGUGGACUACGUACGCUCUCUCAACGAACUCUGCCGCGGCCACUUCAACCUGUUCGGCCCAGACGAGGAGAACAUGGAGACUGCCCUCCUGGACCUGUGGGAAGCCUUUCUGUUUGAGCGGGACCAGGCUUCAGAUUUCCUCCUCAGCCGGCGUCAGUCCAUUGUGCUCAAGCUGCUGGAGCAGCGGGCCACCACCCUGGCGGAGCUGGAAGCCCUGAUCCACAAAGCCACGACCGGGCCCUUCAUGGACCCCACGCGGGAUCCUCGGAGCAUCGAGUGGGAGCUCGUGGGUCUGGAGCGCCAGUUCCAUAACGUAGUUAACCGGCUGAUGGAGCUGCACCAAGCCCACACCAUCUUCACCGGGGAGAAGCAGCCCAGCCCGAUGCCGCCUCGCGGGGCCCGGCCCAUCCAGCUGCAGCUGCGCAUCUGGCACCUGUUCCGCGUGGUCUCCGAGCAAAUCAGUGAAUGGAAGUGCCAGGCCUUUGUCAAGUUCAACGUCAGCAAGGCCCUGGAGAAGACGGAAGGCUGGCUCACGGGGGCUUCGCAUCUGGAGGUGGAGCUGGGGAUGCCCAGCCCGGUGCUACACGCCUGCAGGAAACUGGUGGAGGGGCUGCAUAACAUCCUGCCCCUGAUGGCCGAACUGCGGGCCCUCCCUCUGCAGGGACCGGGGUGGCAAGCUGUCUUUCGAGCCAUGGAACUGAGCUCCCCCAGUAGUUUGGAGCUCCUGACCCUGGGCCAGCUGCUGUCUUACCCACUGCUGGAGUGCCGCGACCACAUUCACGAAAUCUGGGUGAGCGAGACUGGGCGCAGCCAAGCCCAAGAGAUGCUGCGCCGGCUGCAGCGGGCCUGGCAGGAACACAAGCUGCGCCUGGUCAACUUGAUUCUGCGGGUGCCCUACGAGGCCCCCCAGACGGAGCGCGCCAAGCGCCAUCUGCCCCCCCGCACCCACGGGCCCCAGUGGGACACGGUCACCAAGGACAGUGGCACCUUCGUCCUGGCUGACCAAGGCCACCUGAAGGAGCUGAUCCAGGAGGGCCUGCAGGUGCUGCAGAAGAUCACACUGUCGCCUUACGCGGGGGAGAGCAGGGAGCAGGCCCGUAAGUGGGCAGCCAUGCUCCAGGGCCUCAGGGUCCUGCUGGACGUGUGGGUGCGGUGUCAGCAGAAGUGGGUUUUCCUGAACAAGGUCCUGUACGAGAUGAAGAUCGACUUUCCCAGUCCCGAGCUGCGCCUGCAGUUCCAGGCGGUGGACGACCAGCUGCGGACCCUGAUGCAGAUCUCGGUGGCCGAUCCCCUGGUGCUGUCCUGCAUCCUGCCCGGCGUCCGGCGGGAGCCGCGGUACCAGGGGGAGCAGUUGCGCCUGCUGCUGGUGAGCGGGGCGGAGAAGCUGGAGGGCAUCGUGGGGGCCCUGGAGGACGUCCUGGAGAGGGCCCGGGCCCGAUUCCCCCGCCUGUUCUUCCUGAGCGACGACGAGCUGGUGGCCCUCAUGGCGGCCCCGGCCGAGCCGGCCGAGGCCGAGGCCUGGGCCCGGCGCUGCUUCCCCCAGGUCCUGGCCGUGGCCUUCGAGGCCGGCCCGCCCGGGGCGGAGGAGAGGGGCGGGGAAGGGGAAGGGGUGGGCCUGGAGGCCCGGCUGGUGCGGGGCCCCUGCGGGGAGGAGCUGGCCCUUCGGGCCCCGCUGCCCCUGCCCCAGGACCUGCCCCAGUGGCUGGCCCGCCUGGAGCAGUGGCUGCGGGCCGCCCUGGUGCACGGCCUGCAGGAGAGCGUGGCGGCCCGCGCGGCCCUGCGGCAGCCCCUGGACCGGGCCUUCGAGCAGCCGCCGCCGCCGGGCCAGGUGCCCCUGCACCUCCACUCGCAGCACUGGCUGCAGCUGGCGGCCGCCUUCCCCUGGCAGUGCGUGCUGGUGGCCGAGGAGGUGGCCUGGUGGGCCGAGGCGGAGGACCACCUGCUGGCCGGCAGCCCCGGGGCCGUGCGCCGGCUGCUCCAGAAGCAGGCGCGCAAGCUGGAGGCCCUGGUCCACUUCAUCCGCAGCCAGCACGAGCACACGGGCGGCCGGCCGGGCCUCGGCCCCCGGCUGGCCGGCCUGCUGGCGGCCCUGGUGGCCAUGGCCGUGGGGCACCGGGACGCCCUGGGGGUCCUGCAGGACCGGCAGGUCGAUAGCCCGCGGGACUUCGACUGGGCCCGGCUGCCCAAGUACCACGUGGGCCCGGCCUCCCGCAAGGCGCGCCCGGCCCAGGGGACGCCCCCGCCCGGCCCGGCCGACUGCUGGGUGGAGGUCCUGGGCGCCCGGUGGCACUACGGCUACGAGUACCUGGGCCCGCGGGCCCGGGGCCUGGCCACCACCCUGCUGGACCGGGAGGCCUUCGGGCUCUGGCUGGCCCUCCGGCAGGAGGUGGUGGGGGCGGUUCUGGGCCCGCCGGGCACGGGAAAGGGCACGGCCGUCGAGGCCCUGGCGUGGGCCCUGGGCCGCCACCUGGUCACCCUGCCCUGUUCGGCGCAGAUGGGGCCCACCUGCCUGCGCCGUUACCUGAGCGGGGCCCUGCAGGCCGGCUCCUGGCUGCUGCUCCGGGACGCCGGGCGCCUGGCCCCGGGGCUGCUCUCGGGGCUGGGCCAGCGCCUGACGGCCAUCCGGCGGCUCCUGUCCGGCCUGCGCCAGGGGCCCGCCCUGCCCCGGGACCCGGCCCAGCCCCUCGUCCUGGGCGCCGGCUCGCUGGACGAUCGGCGGGUGCAGGUCCGGGCCGGCUACGGCUGCUUCCUGACCCUGCGGCGGCUGGGCCCCGCCGUGCCGGCUAACCUGCGCCUGGUCCUGCGCCCGCUGGCCCUGGGCCCGCCGGACCCGCGCCGGGUGGCCGAGGCGCUGCUCCUGGGGGCCGGGCUGCGCGAGGCCCGGCCGCUGGCCGCCCGCCUGGCCGCUUUCCUGGCCCUGGAGCGGGAGCUGGGCGCCGCGCCACCGCCCUGCCGCCUGCCCCUGCUGCUCCGGGUGCUGGGGGCGGUUGUGCGGGCCCCCCGGGUCCCUGCCGCCGAGCCCGGCCUCCCGGGGGCGGCCGGGGACGCCGCGGUGGUCGGGGCCCUGCUCCGGUCCCCGCUCUUCGCGGGGCCCGACGGCCCACGUCUGCGGGCCCGGAGGGAGCUGCUCCGGGCCGUCUUCCCCGGCCUCCCGAGCCCGGAACCCCCGCCCCAGCUGCAGCAGGCCCUGGCCUCCGAGCUGGGCGAGGCCGGCCUGCACCCCCACCCCGACCUCCUGGUCGCCAUGGAGCAACUGAGCCGGGCGUUGGACCAGGCCUCGGGCGUCAUCCUACUGGGCCCCCCGGGCAGCGGUAAGACCACGUGCUGGCGCGUCCUGGCCAAGGCCCAGAACCGGCUGGCGGCCCGGGAGGGGCCCGGGCGCUUCCGGCCCGUGGAGGUGGGCUGCGUGUACCCCGGCAGCCUGACGCCGCCGGAGUUCCUGGGCUGGUGGGACGGGCCCAGCUGGCGGGACGGGGUCUUCCCGCGGCAUCUGCGCGGGGCGGCGGGGGCCGCCCCGCGGGGGCCGGCCGCCGGGACCCAGCACUGGCUGGUGUGCGACGGGGCGGCCCACUCCAGCUGGCUGGACCCCAUCGCCUCCCUCCUGGGCCGGCCCCCGCAGCUCAGCCUGCCCAGCGGCCAGCAGCUCCCGGCCCCCCCUGGAACCUGGCUCCUGCUGGAGCUGGCCGAGGCGGCCGAGGUGUCCCCCGCCGUGGCGGCCGGCUGCGGCCUGGUGUGGUGCGGGGGCCAGCAGACCUGGCGGGCGCUGCUGGGGGCCCUGAUGGCCGCGCUGCCCCAGGAGUACGACCUGCCCCCGACCGCCCUGGCCGCCCUGGCCGGCCUGGCCGAAUCCCUGGUGCCCGCCGCCCUGCGCUUCUCGGCCCAGCACGGGGGCUGCCUGCUGCGGACCCACGCGCAGCCUCAGCCGGCCCCCGGCGUGGCCGAGGUUGGCACCCUGGCCCGGAUCUUGCGAGCCCUGCUCGACCCCCAUCUGCGCCGCAGGGAGGACUUCGGGGGCCAGAGGGCAGGCCCAGGUUGCCACUCGGCCCAGGCCUCGUCACCUCAGCCAGAGAGCCUCCACACGGACAGCUCGGUGCAGAGCAGCCCCGAGGCGCACGGCCGAGAUCGCGCCCGCCUCCUGGCCAUCAGCAGUUUCGUCUUCGCGUUCAUCUGGGGGUUCGGAGCCCACCUGCCCUCCAGGGUGUGGCCCUUCUACAACAGCUUCGUCCGCUCCACGUUGGCCCACCACCGGCCUUCCUGCCCGAAGCUGCCGCCCACCGACUCGGUUUUCGACCUCUACCCCUCCCCGGAGAGCGGGGCCUUAGUGGCCUUCACUGGCGCCUACCUGAGCUGCCGCCUGAAGGGCUCCCUGGGGGGGUACAGUCCCCUUCCGCAGGCGGAGCGGAUGCUGUUCGUGACGGACCUGCUCCUGGAGGCCGGGCAGCCCGUCAUGCUGGCCGGGGAGACGGCCUGUGGGAAAUCCACCUUCCUGGAGAUGCUGGUGGAGCCCAACUACCCGUGCCAGCGCGUGCCCGUCUCCCCGGCUCUCGGCCUGGCCCAUCUGCGCCGUCUGCUGAGCCAAGGCGCCCAGGGCCUCACCCACUUCCAGAAGCCCCCGGGCCAGUCGCUGCCGGCACCCCCGCCACCCCCAGAAGGCAAGAACUCGCUCCUCUUCCUGCUGGAAGACCUGCACGCCGCCGCGACCGAGCGGAGUUGCCAGCCGGUCCUGGAAACGGUGCGCCAGGCGCUGUCGAAGCGCAAAUGCUACAGCGGGGAGUCCCUGGAGGCCCAGCCGCUGCCGGCCGCCAACUACCUGGGCACCGCCACGGUGGCCGCCGCCCCGGGGCGGGCGCUGUGCCCGCGGCUCGGCCGCCUGUUUGCGGUGCUGGCCCUGCCCGGCCCGACGCCGGCGGUGCUGCUGGCCCUGCACGGCCCCCGGCUGCUGAGCUGGCUGGCACGCUUCCCCGUCCUGGAGCGGACGGCCCAGCUGGCCGAGGCCCUGCUGGCCGCCAGCCUGGACGCCUGGGAGGCCGUGCGGCGUCGCUUCCCGCCCUCGCCCAGCCGGCCUCACUACCGCUUCUCCGCCCACGAGCUGGCCAAGCUGCUGGCCGGCCUGGAGCUGCUGCCGCCCCGGGCCCGGCGCUCGUCCCUGGGCCCGGACGGGGAAGCGGAGCCGCUGCGACGUCUCCUGGCGGGGCUGCGGGGCCCCCAGCGUGCGGCCCUUCUGGGCACCCGCACCCUGGCACGCCUCUGGCUGCACGAGGCCCAGCGCACCUUCCGGGACCGGCUGCUGACCGGCGCCGAGCGCGCCCGCUGCACCGCGCUGCUGGUCCGGGCCCUCGGCCGGGCCCUGCUGCUGGCCAAGGGGCCCGCGGCCGGACCCGGAGAGGAAGGACCGGACCGGCGGGCGGACGAGGACGACGAGGACGACGGGGACAAGAAGGACGACGACGAGGAGGAGGAGGAGGACUGGGUGUCCGAGGUGGAGUCGGAGGGGGAACUGGACCUGUGGGAGGCCGGCCUCGACGCCGACAGCGACGCGGAUCCCGCCGAGGGCUCGGAGGAUCUGCGGGCUCCGCUCCCGGCCUGCGCCCCCGACUGCCCGCCCGGGCCCGAGAGCUGCAAAGGCCCGGGGGAAGGCACGGGGCCGGAGGCGGACGAGGCCAGGGAAACGAGCCGGGACGGGGCCCGGAGGCCGGGGCGGGACAGGGGCCGGAGGGAGGACUCGGAGGGAGACGCGGUGGGCCCCGUGCCCUGGAGCGCCAAGCCCUCCCUGAGCAGCAGCUCCAGGCUCCUGGGCAGGGCGGUCAGGCCCCGGCGGCGAAAGGUCUCCCGCCUGGGCAGCGCCACCCAGCCGCCCCCGCCGUCCCCCCAGGUCCUGCUGCCGCUCCUGCCCUCGGCCGACCAGGCCCCGGACCUGCUGUUCUGCCAGGGGCUGGCGGGCUCGGCCCCGCUGCCCGAAGACCCGGGCCCCUACCGGGAGCAGAGCUGGGAGGCCCUGGAGGCGCAGCUGGAGGCCGCCGUGCGGGAGCCGGGGCCCGGGCUCCGCCUCGUGCUGUGCCACCCCUUCGCCCGGCACGUGGCGGCCCUGGCCCGCACCCUGGCCGGGCCCCGGCGGCACGGCCUGCUGCUGUCUGCUGGGCCGGGCGCCGGGCGCCGCGCCGCCCUGGGCCUGGCCGCCCGCCUCUGCCGGGUGCGACUCUUCCAGCUGCCCACGGGGCCCGAGGCCCCCGCCGGCCGCUGCCUCCGGGAGGCCUGCUGGCACGCCGGCGCCCGCAACCAGCCGACGGCCCUGCUGGUGCCCGAGGAGGUGGGCGAGGCCUCCCUGCACCAGCUCCUGGCCCUGGCGGCCGCGGGCAGCUACCCCGGCCAGUAUUCCGAGGCCGAGCUGGCCGACAUCGCCGCCCGGCUGCCCGAAGAGAGCCCCGGGGUCAAGCGGAACACCAAGCGGGAGGUCGUCCUGCAGAGGUUCCACCAGCUGGUGAGCAGAAACCUGCACCUGUUUGUCCUGCUCCCCGUUCAGCCGGAUCCCCCCCUGGACCCCUUCCUACUCACGGUCCUCCUCAACCUCGCCUCCUCCGUGGACUUCUACGAGCCCUGGGACCAGCCCUCCCUGCUGUCGGUGGCCAGCCGACACCUCCGGGACGCUCUGAGCUCUCCCCAGAGCGCUGGCUCCGAGUUCCUGGCCGCCCACUCGGCGUCCGUGGCUAACAUGGCCCGUGCCGUGGCUCUCGUGCACCAGUCAGCCGCCAGCUACUGCGCGGCCCUGUGCCCGCAGCUGCCUCUGGCCACCCCCGCGACCUUCCUGGACUUCCUGGACACCUUCUUGGUGCUGGGGGCGGAUCUCCAGCAACAGACCCAAAGCAGGGCCCAACGCACCCAGAUGGUCCUGGAGAAGCUGAGCAGGGUGGUGGGCCAAACCCAGAUCCAGGGCUGCUACAUUCAAAGUCUGAGACGGCAACUGAGUGAGGCCCAACAGAACGUGCAGAGGUGCCAGGAGCUGCUGUGCCAAGACCAGGCCAUGCACGCGCAGCAGCUGCAGGAAUGCCAGUUCAAGGAGGGCCUUAUCGACGACCUGUCCGAGCAGCACGAUCUACUGCAGCGGCAGCAGGAGCACCUGCAGGAGCAGGUGGCCACCGUCUACCUGCGGGCCACGGCCAAGCUGCAGGAGGCCCACGUGGAGGAGCUGCGCGGUUACCGGGCACCCCCUGCCCCCGUCGUCAUGGUGACCGACGCCCUCUGCACCCUCUUCGGGUGCCCCACGGGCUGGGAGAGCGCCAAGCAGCUCCUGGGCCGGGACAACUUCUACCAGGAGCUGCUGUUCUUCCCCAAGGAGGAGCUGGGGAUGGCGCGGGCGGAGGCCCUGCUGCAGGCGCUGGAGGCCCCGGGCUGGGAGGAGGCGGCCCUGCGCGGGGUCAGCCUGGCGGCGGCGGCCCUGGCCGGCUGGCUGCGGGCCGUCCAGCGCUACGGGGCCGUGACGCGCCGGGGGCGGCUGACCAGGGAGCGGCUGGCCAAGGUGAAGGCCCAGGUCCUCAGGGAACAGGCCUGGCUGGGCCGCUGCCACCUGCGGGUGCGGGAGCUGCGGGAGCGCAACUCCCGGCUCGCCGGCCGGCUGCGGGAGGCCCGGGAGGCCCAGGCCCAGCUGGAGGCCCUGCUGGCCCGGCUCCUUCAGAGCCACCGCCAGGCCUGCCACCUCGGACAGGUCAUCGCCCAGCCCCUGGACACCUGGACCGCCGCUGCCCAGGAGCUGGAGGGCCACUGCCUGACGGUUCCGGGGGACGCCCUGCUCUGCGCGGCCGCCGUCUGCUACCUGGGCCCCUUCCCGCCCGCCCGUCGCCAGGAGCUGCUGGACAAGUGGCUGGCGCUGUGCGGGGGCCGAGAGGACCACCUGGAGCCGGACGACGUGGGGCUGGAGCUGGAGCGGGCCCUGGGCUCCCCGCCGGCCCCGGCCUCGCCCCUGCUGCCCACCCGCCCGGCCUUCAGCCUGCCCGGGGUGCUGAGCUCCGAGCUGGAGCAGCACGCCUGGGACCGCAGCCUGAAGCCCCAGGACCCUUACGUGCGGACCACUGCCCUGCUGCUGCGAAGCCAUGCCCACGGCUGUGCCCGCCGCUGGCCCCUGCUGCUGGACCCGAACCAGCAGGCUUACACCUGGCUCCUGCCCUUGCCACCACCAAGGCCUGAAUGGAGCCUGCGGGACCAGAAACCCGUAGGUGAGGAGGCCCAGCCGGACGAGUCCUCUCUGGCCUCCUUCCCGCUCCUGGCCGUGCUGCAGGUCUUCUCGGCCCUGGAUCCGGACCUGGGGUCCCAGCUCCUGGAGGCGGCACAAUGCGGCAACUCGGUGCUGCUGACCAACCUGGAGGUGGCCAGACCGUGCCCGGAGCUGCAGUGGCUCCUGCAGCGGGAGCAGCUGGCACCUCCGCGGGUGCAGCCGGCCUUCUGCCUCUACCUGAGCACCAGCCUGCCGCUCGGCGCCCUGCACAGGGUGCUGGAGCUGAGCGUGCUGAAGAGGCUGACCGUGCUGGACCUGGGCCUGAGCCGCGGCGAGCUGGAGGAGCAGUUGUUGCAGAAGGUACUGGCCUGCGAGCGGCCCGAGCUGGACAUCCACUGGCGGACCCUGCAGCUCAGCAUCCUGGACGUCCGCGAGCACCUCGAGGCUGGGCAGGAGGAGCUGCUGAACCUGGCGUGGCAGACUGAGGAGGACCAGCUGGGCCAGGAAGUGUUCCUGGAGCGGGUGGCACAGUGCCAGGGCCACCUGGGCCGCCUGACCGCCCAUCUGCAGCAGCUGCAGGAGCUGCAGGCCCAGGAAGCCGAGCUGUACGUGCAGUACGGGCGGGUGGCCCGGCUCGGGGGGGCCCUGGCCCAGGCCCUGGCCCGGCUGGAGCGGCUGCACCCCCUGUACGCCUUCCCGCCGGCUCAAUGCCUGGAGCUGCUCUGCAAGGCCCUGCUCAACCUCCGCCACCAAAGCCCCGAGCCCGGCGAGGACUUGGCCAGCCACCUCCUGGAGCUGGCCACCGGCCUGGCCCGCCAACUGCUGAGCGGCGUCCUGGCCAAGCUGCGUCCGCCCGACGCCCCGCUCCUGGGGGCCCUGGGGGCCCUGGCCCUGCUGAGGCUGGACGGCCAGGUCCCCGCCCUCGAGUGGCUGGCGCUGUGCCCCGGGCUGGGGGCCACGCGGGCGCCGGGGCGGAAGGCCUCCGGGAAGGGGCUGGCCCGGCCCGGCUGGCUGAGCGCCCGCACGUGGCGCGAAUGCGGGCUCCUGGAGCAGCUGAGGCCCUUCCGGGGCCUGCAGGCCUCCCUCGCCGGCCGCCCGCACGUUUGGCAGGAAUACCUGGCGCUGCGCUCCACCAUUCUGGGCCCCGCGCCGGACCUCGGGCCCUUCAGCCUCCUUCAGAAGCUGAUCCUGUGGCGGGUGCUGCGGCCCGAGAGGCUGGCCCUGGCCCUGGCGGACCUCGCCACCUGCCUGCUGGGUCGCCCGCUCUCGGAGGACGGCCGCCAGGAGGGCAGCCUUUACGGCCGGACUCAGGCCACCCGCCCUCUCCUCUUCCUGCUGCCCCCGCCGGGGCACCCGGCGGGCAUCACCCACCCCCUGGCCUGGAUCGAGCGCGUGGCCGGCGAGCAGGACAAGCCGCUGCAGGUGAUCGCUCUGGGAGCACAGAUGUGGGACUCGCCCUCGGGGCUGAUCCGGGCCCUGGACCAGGCCAUGUGCAGGGGCCACUGGCUGGUCCUGGACAACUGCCACCUGCUGCCCCGCUGGCCCCCCGAGCUCCUGGACCGGCUGCACGGCCUGCUGGAGGGCGCGUCCGGUGACGCCCGCUCCCCCGCCCCGGCCGCCCUGCACCAAAAGUUCCGCCUCUGGCUCAUCGCCACCAGCACGGCCACGGAGGGUCUCCCGGGUGAGGACCCUGCUGGGGGCAGGCGGUGGGGAGGGGGUCGUCCGGGUGCCGCCCCGGUGCCCGCUCUGGGCGGGAAGUCCUGGGGAGAAUCGGCCCCCAGGCUGACCGACGCCCCCCGUCCCGCCCAGUGGUGCUGGCGCAGCGCUCGGCUCGACAUUUCUGCGAGCGGCCCCUGGAGCUGCAGCAGCUCCUGCUGCAGGCCAUGGCGGAGGUGCAGGAGCUGCCCACGUCUCCCCCCGUGCAGCAGACUCUCUCUGCUGCUGCUGCACGGGCUCCUACUGCACCGCCAGCUCUAUGGGGGCCGGGUGCAGUCCCAGCUGCCGGCCUGGCCCCAGGAGGAACUGUUCAGGGCGCUGGAACUGCAGGGGCAGCUCUGGAAAAGCCUCCGCAACCCUCAGCAGGCCAUGCAGGCCCUGGCAGGUGAAGGCCCCCGCCAUCUGCUCUCUCUGGAUCGCUACCUCUUACUCCUCCUUGCCAGCCUCGAUCGGCGGUCCCUCUAGCCUGAUCUGGAGUCGCGGUUCGCUGAAAAAAGGGGACGUGAGGGGUCGGCCCGAGGCCGGGGCGAGGGACCGCCUUCCCUCGGCUUCUCCCACCUCCGGCUGCGAGGGCCCCGGCCCGAACUCUCCCUCUGUCCCCCAGGCUCCGUUCUGUACGGAGGGGCCGUGGUCGACCCCGGAGACCGGGAGGUUGUGCAGAGCCUGGCACAGGCCUGCCUGGGGGCUCCCAGCGGCCUCCGGGCCCCGCCGCUGCACAGCCCCCAGGGCUUGCUCGCCGCCCUCACCCCGAGCCCAGAGCUGCUGGAUCACGAGGCGGCGGCGGAGAGCCAGACCCGCCUGCGGCGGCUGCCGACGCCACCCGAGCCCGGGGACUGUGGGGUGAGCGCGGCUCCCCAGGACGCGCUGCUGAGCCGCCAGAGCCGCGCCCUGCUGGCCGCCCUGCGCCGGACCCUGGACCCCUGGGGGCCCGUGGCCCGGCAGUGGGGCGGGCCUGGGGACAGGCUGCAGCGCCGCGUGCGACGGGGCCUCGGGCGGCUGGAGGAGCUGCAGCAGCGGCUGCCCGGGCCCGGGGCGCAGCCGGACGAGGGCGGGCCCGACUCCCGGCCGGAGCCCCGCGGGCCCCUGCGGCACUUCCUGGAGGCCGAGCUGGCCGAGCUGGCGGCCCUCCUCCCGCACCUGAAGAGAGACCUGCGCUGCAUCCUGGACCAGCUGGCCGGCCGCCCCUGCGCCUCCCCGCACUGCACCGCGGUGCUGCGGGCGCUGAGGGCCGGCCGCCUGCCCCCGGCCUGGCGGCUCCACGUGCCCGGAGGGCCCCAGCCCCCUUGGCACUGGCUGCGGCAGCUGGGGCGCCAGGGGCACCUGCUGGCAUCCUACCUGGGGCCGGCCCCUCCGCGCUCCUUCCACCUGUCUGCCUUCCUCAACCCGCGGGGGCUGUUCCUGGCCCUGCGCCAGGAGGCGGCCGCCGUGGCCAACAAAGAGCUGGUCCACGUGGAGCUGGAGCUGCAGGUUCUGCCCGCCGGCCGUGCCCCCGUGCCCCCGGAAGGCGGCAUCCUGGUGGAGGGGCUGGAGCUGCACCAUGCGGCGUGGGAGCCGCAGGCGGCGGCCAUGCGGGAGGGGGCCUCGGGCCGGCCCAGCCCUCUGCCCCCCGUGAGCGUGCGGCCCGUCAGCCGCCAGACCCCGGCCGCGCCCUCCCCGCAGGGCCCCUUCCCCUGCCCCGUCUACCUCGGGGGGCCCCGCGGGCGGACCCGGCUGAGCCGCUCCCAGGUGCUGCUGCACCUGCCUUUGCCCACCACCCUGGCGCCUGCCACCUGCAUCCAGCGGCGGGUCCACGUGUGCAGCCCUCCCCUGCCCCCGCCCCCCUCAAAUCAAGGCGCCUCGGCUACAUAAAUAAAGAUCUAUUCUGCGUA